AUGAGCGAUACCCCUAGGGAUCGGCGACGAGUCGUGGUAACAGGCUUGGGAGUUGUUUCGCCGGUUGGCUGUAAUGUCCCUGCAGCUUGGAAGACGAUCCUGUCUGGUCAGUCCAAAAUAGGACCACUAGUGGGAGAAGCGUACGAUAAACUACCAUGUCGCGUCGCCGCGAGAAUCGAUAAAAACGAAAUCGACCUCGAGCAAUGUUUUUCCAAAACAGAACUGAAGACCAUGGCCAAAGCAACGGCGUUCGCACUGAUUACCGCCAAGGAAGCGCUCACCGCUGCUUCAUGGAGUCCACGGAUCGACGACGAAGCCGCUUGCCAACGAACAGGAGUGGCCGUUGGAAUGGGAAUGGUCGAUUUGAUGGACAUCUGUGAAACUAACGAAGCGCUCCAGAAAGGGUACAAGCGGGUGAGCCCGUUUUUUGUUCCCCGUAUUCUACCGAACAUGCCGGCCGGACAGUUGAGCAUCAAGUACGGCUUCCGGGGACCGAAUCACGCCGUAUCGACAGCCUGCGCUACGGGCGCUCAUUCGAUAGGAGACGCGUAUCGUUUCAUUCGGUACGGUGACGCAGAUGUUAUGGUGUGCGGUGGGGCCGAAGCGUGCAUCAGUCCCCUGGCCAUCGCAGGAUUUUGUCGGUUGCGUGCACUAAGUACGGCUUUUAACGACGAACCGACUGGUUCAUCAAGACCGUUCGACGAACGACGCGAUGGUUUCGUUAUGGGCGAAGGAUCUGCCAUACUCGUGCUGGAAGAACUGGAGCAUGCCAAAAACCGUGGUGCACCCAUACAGGGCGAAAUUCUUGGCUACGGACUGUCCGGGGAUGCAUCGCAUCUGACAGCACCACGUGAGGAUGGAACCGGAGCGCUGCUGGCGAUGAAACGGGCACUAGCCGACGCUAACCUGACGGUGGCCGACGUGGGAUACAUUAACGCACAUGCCACUUCCACUCCCAUCGGCGACGCCAUUGAGGCUCGUUCGAUAAGGACACUGUUCGGAGAGCACUCCACCAAAGUGGCCGUAUCUUCGACCAAGGGCGCCCAUGGACACUUGCUAGGGGCCGCUGGGAAUCUCGAGGCCCUGUUUACAGUUCUGGCCUGUCAGCAUGGAUUACUUCCCCCUACGGUGAAUUUGGACCACAUUACGGAGGAUAUGGCCAACAUACGAUUCGUGGCCAACACUUCCGAACGCUGGGACACCGAUCGGCGAAAGAUUGCCUUAAAGAAUUCGUUCGGUUUCGGUGGCACCAAUGCGUGUCUCUGCAUUGCUGAAUACCGGGAAUAAAGAUCACUCUU